AUCAUUCCUCGCACAGCAGAGUUUGAUCUGCUCUUGUGGUGGAAAUUGAAUGGUUUGAAGUAUCCUACCUUGCAAUCAAUCGCAAGGGACUUUCUGGCAAUCCCUAUUACUUCUGUGCCUUCUGAGAGUGCAUUUAGUUCUGGUGGGAGGUUGUUAGACCCUCACCGGAGCAGGCUGCAUUAUUCGACUGUGGAGGCAAUGAUGUGUACUAGGAGUUGGAUAAUGGAGGACAUGCAACGAGAUUCGGAGGCUGCUGUGGAGGCAUUGGAUGGACUCUUCUCAACAAUGACACUCGAAGAUACAACUGUGGAAGAG